ACGGCGUGCAUGCACUCCAAAUGAUUUGGAAUGAAUCUAGAUCUUCUAUUGCCCCAUUAUUUGAGCCUCUUAGGUUGACAUUAAGCUUUUUGGUUACCGGAAGUGCAAAACCUAGCUGUGGAUUUCAUUGACACUACAUAUCUACUCUCCUCAAGGUCUUGCACAUUAGGGUUUGUAAGGGUUUAGUAAAAAUGGUGAAGGAGCGCCAAGGAGAGCGUGUAAGGCUCUAUGUACGAGGAGUCAUUCUUGGUUACAAAAGGUCCAAAUCAAAUCAAUACCCAAACACAUCUCUCAUUCAAAUUGAGGGAGUGAACACACGAGAGGAAGUGGAAUGGUAUCAAGGUAAAAGAAUGGCUUAUGUCUACAAGGCCAAGACAAAGAAAAAUGGAACCUUUUAUAGGUCCAUAUGGGGGAAAGUAACAAGACCACAUGGCAAUAGUGGUAUUGUGAGAUCCAAGUUCAAGAGAAAUUUACCUCCAAAGUCAAUGGGAGGGCGAGUUAGGGUUUUCAUGUACCCCAGCCACAUAUAAGUGUUCCCUCACCGGUCAUUCUACAAAAGAUCGAGUGACGUUCUUCACAUCCAUUUUGUAGUUAAAAGACCAAAUUGGUAGAGAAGAUUCAGUGUAAAACGAAACUUUGGAGUAUUUAUUUUGUCGUAUCUUUUUUGUCUGCUUCCUUGUAUGGGAGAAUGCCUUGGAACUUAACUAAAUUUUAAAGUGACUGAGAUCUAAUUUUAUUGCUUUGCGGGUGAUACAAUUCAAUAGUCAAUGAGAUGUUUAAUUUUA